AUAAGCAAAAUUCUAAAUAAGUGUUAAAAUACAAAAAAUACUAUUUAGAAACGUGUUACCACAUGAGGAAAUGUAUAUUUGAAUUAUAUUUCCUACUGAUACUUUUAUAAAGUGAGUGGAGUUUCAUGUGCAAUAUCUGGCAAGUGGAAGCCCAAUUAUUUUCUGGCGCGCGAGACUCAAAAAAGACACAACAUCGCUUGGCUACAUGCAACCGGGGGGUUUCAAUGCAAAUCGAAGGAGGCUAAUUUCCAAACGUAUCAUUCGCAAGCCUGUCCUACAUUACCAUGAAAACCUCCAAAGCGCCAUCUCAGGCUUCAACACAGGAGGAGUGUGGGGUUUGGCUGGACACUGUAGACCUCAAAGAAAAGGCUAAACAGAGAAGGCCAUUGCGACCCAUCUCAAAACAACUGAAUCCUCUGGCUCGGUCUGGAGGUUACAGCUUAGCAGUGGCGCUGAAUUCUACACAAACAAAAAUCCAGAUUCCUGUAAACAAACAGAGCUCUAUAUCCUCAUUCUUUACCCCACAGCGCAAAGUGGCCCAAAAGGCACCUGCGUCUCCAGAGCCAAGUACACCUUCCACCUCCACCAGAUGUUUCUCAACUUCACUCAGGCGUGUUAACAUUGGGAGCGGAACCAAACGGAAACGUGCAGCGCGUUUAGAGUCAGGGGGACGGGGUACAGGAGCUCAACCCACCACCCUACAGAUGAGCCCGGAGGGAGAGAAUUCUGCAGGCUGUGAGUGGAACAGGCAGAGCUUCAGGGAAAGAGCAUAUUGGGAGGUUUCCCAUAUGCCCCAUCUUAAAAUGGACCGUCAGUCUGAGGAGAUGGAGGAACCAGACAAAAAGAGAAGGCUCUCUGUGAAUUCCUCUCCCCCAGUAGAGACUGAUACUCAUGAGGAGGAGUGCAGUCAGGACCAAUGGAGUGCCUGUAGAAGCCCACAGUAUAGUGAAGAUCUAAGUGAGCCAGAUUCUGAGGGGCAGUGUGUUCUGACACACCAGGAACUCUUUGUUGGAGUAAGACAGGCCGGUGACUCAGGCACUGCUUUCCCGGAGAGCCUGCAGAGUGAGGGUGGAUUCAGGGCUUGGCUGGGUGCACAGGAUAGGACCUCCACCCAGAAAAGGGCUGUCCCUUCUCAUUUGAUAUCACAGCAGGUAGAAGGGAAAGAGAACGACUUACCACGAUCAAUGUCUUCGCCAUCCCCAAACAAGAUGUCUCCUCCUCUCAGCCCUGUUUCCACUCACAGAUGGAAGAAACCACAUCUUCCAUCACCACAGAUACAUGUUCUAGAACAGUCCAUGAAACGUGUUCUAGAACAACCAUUGAGAGAGUGUGAGGGAGACACUCUUGCCAUGCUGUUCACACAGGACUCUGAGGGCUUCAGGGUGAUUGCACACCGUGCUCUGGUAUCAAGAAGCCCAAUAAAGGACCAGACUAAUGUAUUAGCUAGUGGUAGAGACAGUAUAUUUGCUACUGAUAAAACCCUGCUAGGAGAGGAGUUGCUCUUCACCCAAGACUCUCAGGGAAACAAGGUUAUCAAACACUGACAAUGUAUGUAUAAUGGUGAAAACUAAUGAAAGGAAUUCUGAACAUUUUAGAUGUGUUGUAAAUUGUAUUGCAGGUUAAGGUUUCUAAUGACUUAUGUAAUCACUUGUUUGAAAACCACCUAUGAUCUUUACUUGAACACUUACAGUACCUGGAUUGAAAAUGUAUUCGAUGUAUCCAGUUUCUGAACAUUUCUCUUUUCCAACUUUAUGGCACUGAAUAAAAUGUAACACAAAUAAGA